CAUCGGGUGACUCCGGCCACAGUUCACUGCCCGCGGCAGCCGGCAAAGUUCAGCUGCAGUCCCUGAGGCGCCUCAGGUUCCCUUCCGAGCGGUAGGGCAGGCUCCAUGGAGAAGCCCCGGGGCGGCAGGUGCAGCAAUAGGUUCUCGGAGCGGGAGCCGCCGCGGCCGGCUGAGAAGUCGCCACGGCCCGAGGCCAAGAGCGCCCAGCCCGCGGACGGCUGGAAGGGCGAGCGGCCUCGCAGUGAGGAGGAUAACGAGCUGAACCUCCCCAACCUGGCGGCCGCCUACUCGUCCAUCCUGAGCUUGCUAGGCGAGGACCCCCAGCGGCAGGGGCUGCUCAAGACGCCCUGGAGGGCGGCCACGGCCAUGCAGUUCUUCACCAAGGGCUACCAGGAGACCAUCUCAGAUGUUCUCAAUGAUGCUAUAUUUGAUGAAGAUCAUGAUGAGAUGGUGAUUGUGAAAGACAUAGAUAUGUUUUCCAUGUGUGAACAUCAUCUGGUUCCAUUUGUUGGAAAGGUCCAUAUUGGUUAUCUUCCUAACAAGCAAGUCCUUGGCCUCAGCAAACUUGCAAGGAUUGUAGAAAUCUAUAGUAGAAGACUACAAGUUCAAGAGCGCCUUACAAAACAAAUUGCUGUAGCCAUCACAGAAGCCUUGCAACCUGCUGGAGUUGGGGUAGUGGUUGAAGCAACACACAUGUGUAUGGUAAUGCGAGGGGUUCAAAAAACGAACAGCAAAACUGUGACAAGCACGAUGUUGGGUGUGUUCCGGGAAGAUCCAAAGACUCGGGAAGAGUUUCUAACUCUCAUUAGGAGCUGAACUUCAGUGUGUGCAGUGUAGCCUGCGUGUCGUACUGCUAGUGGCAUUGUUUGUCUGGUCUUAAUUGUUUGUACCUUCCAUUUUCAAUUGUUACAGAUGUGAACUUUAUUCCUUGUCAUUGAUUAUAUUUAAAAAUUAUUUAUAGAAAGUCAAAUAAAAAUAAAGGGGUGAGCCCUCUCCUUUCUUCUUGCCACCUUUUAGUGGCAACACUAAAGUGAACUGCCAGUAGUUUAAUAUGUAAUAUGCAUAAAACCACUGUCACUCAGAUAAUGUGAGGGUGCUGGGAAGGGAGAAAAAAUACAUGUGUUUUGUUGAAAUAGUGUGGUAAUUUGACUCAUAAACAUAGGAGCAUUGGGUAUGGGAGAGAACUGUGGCCAAUACACUGUUUUUUUUCUUCCCCUAACAAAAAUGGUGUAGUGCCAAAGUGCUAAAAUAAUGUAUGUACAGUGUGCAGCAUUGCUCUGUGAAUUCAGAGUCCAACAGGCUCCACUUUGAUCAUGUUUAUUAAACUACCAGUGGCACUUAUUUUUUGAAUAUCCAGUUGUAACAUUAGUCAUCAAGGGAAGGUAGUGAAAUAUCUAAGUUUUCAAUUUUACUGUGAGUUAAAAAGGCACAUUUCUACCUUCUAUUCUUUUUUAAUUCAAGUACAGGGAAUUAGUUCCUGGAGUUGUUUACGAGUGUAUUCUCAUGUCAACAUACAGGGAUUUAGAUAUUAAACUCUCUGUGCCUUGAUGAGAAUAUCACACCAUUUAGAAUAUAGACACUUUUGCCUUUUUUUAAAAGCCAUUAUUUUAUAAGACGUAGUACUGACACUGCAAAUACCUAGUCAUCACAGUUUCAUGACUUUAGAAGUUUCUAGGGAGCUUACUUUGUGUGUUCCAUGUAGAUUCCUCAAAAUAUUUGUAUUAGUCCGUUUUUCUUGGUUAUAA